UAUUAGACAUGCGUAGUACAAGAUCCUGUUCAAUGUACAAGAAAUUAUUAUACUUACCUUGUCUAUCGACCAUAUGCGAUAAAAGCGGUAUGCCCCCUCUGUUUGUAAGUACAGUAUACUAGCGUAGAACUCUGUGACGACGCCUAAAUCCAUUACACCAUUACGGGAGAGGAGAGAAGCUAGAUCAGCAUUAUGGUUGUCUCAGCUAUUUUGACAGCGGAAGUACUGAAUCAGUUGCGUGCAAAAUUUUAUGCAGACAACAGAAACGUGCAAGCACAAAAUGUCUGUACAAAAACCAAUCCUAUUGAGGCUUGUAUAUCGAGAAAAGUUUUGGAAGAAACUCAGCAUGUCUUCACUCAUAAAAUUGAUACUGAAGGCAAGCCCAUGACAAACCAAAAAAAUUCUGGACGUUGUUGGAUAUUUGCAACUUUAAAUGUUAUAAGAACUGCCUUUAUGAAGCAAUAUAAUUUGGAUGAAUUCGAAUUUAGCCAAGCUUACCUUUUUUUCUGGGAUAAGGUAGAACGAUGUAACUACUUCUUGCACAAUAUUGUUAAAACUGCAAAACGUGGUGAAUCAGUGGAAGGAAGAUUGGUGUCAUUUUUGUUGCAUGAUCCUACCUGUGAUGGAGGUCAAUGGGAUAUGAUAGUUAAUCUUAUAAAUCGUCACGGUCUUGUUCCAAAGUCAUGUUUUCCAGAAUCAUAUAGUUGCGAAGCUAGUAUUCGUAUGAAUAGUCUCUUGAAAAGUAAAUUAAGAGAAUAUUCUAAAGUUCUAAGAGGUUUAGUUGCUAAUGGGGCUUCUGAUAAAGAAUUAGAAGGUCAAAUUAUGGAACAAAUGACUGUGAUAUAUAGAAUAAUUGGCAUUUGCAUUGGUAUUCCUUCUGAAACUAUAACAUGGGAAUAUUAUGAUAAAACGAAAAAUUAUAGCUGCAUCGGACCAAUAACACCUAUUGAAUUUUAUGAAAAAUAUGUUAAGCCAUACUAUAAUGUCGAUGAUAAGGUGUGUCUGGUCACAGAUCCAAGACCAUCUAAUCCUUAUGGAAAACUUUAUACAGUGGAUUGUUUAGGAAAUGUCAUAGGUGGAAGACCAACGCUUUAUAAUAAUCAACCACCAGAAUUAUUAAUGAAAUUAUGUGCAGAAAGUAUAAAACAGAAUGAACCUGUAUGGUUUGGAUGUGAUGUAAACAAACGAUUAAUAGGUAAACAAGGUAUCCAUGACAUUAGAGCUUAUGAUUUUGAAUUGAUGUUUGGAACAGACGUACAGAUAGGUCUUACAAAGGCAGACAGAUUACUUUAUGGGGAUUCUAUGAUGAUACACGCAAUGGCAUUUACAGCUGUAUCUAUUGAUAAUGAAAAUAAAAUCAAGAAGUUCAGAGUAGAAAAUUCUUGGGGAGAAGAUCAUGGUCAGAAAGGCUAUCAUAUUUUAACAGCUGAUUGGUUUUCAGAGUUUGUCUUUGAAGCUGUCGUAGAUAGAAAAUUUGUACCUGCUGAUGUUUUAGCUGUAUUCGAGCAGGAACCUGUUACUUUACCAGCAUGGGAUCCAAUGGGUACUCUUGCUCAGUGAUGGUAAUAGUCCUUUCAAGAAGUGAUCUAAGGACAGCAAAAAUAGAACUUGAACGAUUGUACAACAGUUAAUAAAAAAGAGAUCAGGGAAUUUCAGUUACCAUUGAAUUUUCUUAAGCUUAUUAUUCAGCUGUAUUAAAUAUUUCUUAUUUUAAUCUAUCUCGGAAAGUCAGAAAAGUCACAUUUUACAAGUAUUUCGAAAAGUAUUCUUAUAGGUGCAAAAAUAUCUUUUAAUUUUUUUGUAUCUACAAAGCAAUAUUAUGUAAGAUGCCUUCAUAACGAUAAACUUUAAAAAAUAUAUAAAACUUUCUGGGAUAUGUAUAUUUUCAA